CCCCCAGGGCCAGGAAGCGCGGAAGGAAUCGCCUUGGCCAUGGACGGGGCUUUGAUGGAGGGUCCGCUUUUUCUGCAGAGUCAGCGCUUCGGGACCAAGAGGUGGAAGAAAACUUGGGCUGUGCUUUAUCCAGCCAGCCCUCACGGCGUGGCGCGGCUGGAAUUCUUUGAUCACAAGGGGUCGAGCUCUGGAGGGGGUCGAGGCGGCUCUCGCCGUCUAGACUGCAAGAUGAUACGCCUGGCUGAAUGUGUGAGCGUGGUGCCUGUGACUGUGGAGAGUCCCCCUGAGCCCGGCGCCUCUGCCUUCCGCCUGGACACCGCACAGCGCUCGCACCUGCUUGCAGCGGACGCCGCAUCCAGCACUGCCUGGGUGCAGAUUUUAUGCAGAACCGCUUUUCCGAAAGGCGGCUGGGCUUUGGCUCAGACGGAGAACCCACCUAAGUUUUCUGCCCUGGAGAUGCUGGAGAAUUCGCUGUACAGCCCCACCUGGGAAGGAUCCCAAUUCUGGGUAACCUCGCAGAAGACCGAGGCUUCUGAACGCUGCGGCUUGCAAGGCUCCUACGUACUGAGGGUGGAAGCUGAGAAGCUGACCCUUCUGACUUUGGGUGCACAGAGUCAAAUCCUGGAGCCGCUCCUUUUCUGGCCCUACACUCUGUUGCGACGCUAUGGCCGAGACAAGGUAAUGUUCUCCUUUGAAGCGGGUCGCCGCUGCCCCUCUGGCCCUGGGACCUUCACCUUCCAGACUGCCCAGGGAAAUGACAUCUUUCAGGCAGUUGAGGCUGCUAUCCAGCAGCAGAAAGCCCAAGGAAAGGUGGGACAGGGACAAGAUAUCAUCAGAACUGACUCCCAUGAUGGGGAGACAGAGGGGAAGAUGGCUCCCACUCCUGUUCCCCAGGAACCCCUGGGCAGCCCUCCAGCCCUAUAUGCAGAGCCUUUAGACUCCCUGCGAAUUCCUGCAGGCCCUUCUCAGGACUCUUUGUAUUCAGACCCCCUGGGCAGCACCCCUGCUGGGGCAGGGGAAGGGGUGCAGCGGAAGAAACCUCUCUAUUGGGAUUUGUAUGGGCACGUGCAGCAACAGUUGCUGAAAACCAAGCUGACAGACUCCAAAGAGGACCCCAUCUAUGAUGAGCCUGAGGGUCUGGCCCCUGCCCCUCUCCGGGGCCUUUAUGAUCUGCCUCAGGAGCCUAAGGAUGCAUGGUGGUGCCAGGCUCGGCUGAAGGAAGAGGGCUAUGAGCUCCCUUACAACCCCGCCACCGACGACUACGCUGUGCCACCCCCUCGAAGCUCAAAGCCUACCCCUGCCCCCAAGCCACAGGGCUUGAUCCUUCCUGAAUCUGGUACCACAGCUGGCAGUGGCAGCAAAGGCUCAGAUACAGCUCUGUACAGCCAGGUCCAGAAAAGUGGGACCCCAGGGAGAUGGGACUGUGGACUCUCCAGAGUAGGGAAUGACAGGGUGGGGGUCAAGUCAGAGGGUUCCACCUGAGACCGUUGCUGAUAGGAGGUCCAUGGGGCGGUGGCACUGAAGAUCGGAGAAACCUGAGGGUGGGAGGGGCCGGGGGACCAGAGGAGUCAAGGGAUGACCAGUCCCCGGAAGUUGUGGGAGUAGAAGAAACAAGGUUGCUGGACUGACUAGGCCUGUGGGAGAGGUCCACUGGUCAGAGUGGGGACACUUUGGGGAGGCCAGUAUGGAUCCUCACUCUUGUUCUUUGCCAGAUACAUUUUAAUUUAUAAGGCAAAUCUCAUUAAAGGUGGCUUGGUUGAAAA